AUGGCCGUAUCGGAACCCAUCAUCUCAACUCAUCCAGGGGAAGGGUCGCAAGCCCCCGCAGCUCUGCCCGAAAAUGAGCCCGUUUCGAAACAAAAGAGCACGUGGAGAGGUUACAUCUGGGACUCUUGGGAUCGAACUCCAGAGGAGCGGAAACUUGUGCUCAAGAUGGAUUUGACACUCAUGACAUUUGGUUGCCUGGGGACAUUCAUCAAGUAUCUUGACAAGUCCAACUUACAGAGCGCAUUCGUGAGUGGUAUGAAAGAAGACUUGUCUUUAUACGGAAACGAACUUAAUUACGCCAAUACUGCUUAUUCUAUUGCGAAUAUUAUCGCCCUUUGGCCUAGCAACCUCAUAUUGACGCGAGUGAAUCCACGAUGGUUUAUUCCCUUCCUUGAGCUAGGUUGGACCGUCGUUACGUUUCUUCAGGCCGUUAUGACAAAGCCCAGCCACAUGUAUGCCCUUCGAGCUAUUCUCGCCAUCUUCGAGACUGGCCAUUACUCCGCUGUGGUCUAUCUCUGUGGCGCAUGGUACCAAAAACGAGAGUUGGCCCGUCGUUUAGCAAUCAUCAACAUCACAACUGCCAUCGGACCUAUGUUCUCAAGCUACCUCCAAGCUGCGGCCUAUACUGGAUUGAAUGGUGUCCAUGGCAAAGCUGGGUGGCAGUGGUUGUUCAUAAUUGAUGGUGUGAUUUCACUCGGCAUCAUCAUACCGCAGUUCCUCUUCUACCCUGACGUGCCAGCGCGACAGAAGCCGGAUCUAGUCUUCACCGAGCGGGAAAUCGAGCUGGCUCGAAAUAGAAACCCCAAAGAAGGCAGAGUAAAGCAAGGUGCCUUUACCUUGGCGCAAGUCAAGAGAUGGUUCUUAACUCUUGACAUUUGGUUGCUUUGGAUUAUUUCUUUUGCGAACGCGGUCGUAGACCAGCCUAUGAAUUCCAUGGCUUUUUGGCUUAAGGAAUGGAACAAGAUUAAACCUGGAUCAUAUACUGUCCCUCAAAUCAACAACUAUACAACACCAAUUCAGGGUGUGACUGUUGUGGUCACUCUUUUGAUGGCGUGGUCAAGCGAUACCUGGCUCCGUGGUCGCCGAUGGCCUAUGCUCGUCGUCGGCAGUACCGCGGCUGCUAUUGUCGACCUGACGCUUGCGAGCACGUCCGUAUUCCCCAAGAACCGCGCUGGAAGAUGGUUCCUGUACUAUCUCACGGGAUUUUGUCAGGCCAGUAACUCAAUGUUCUGGGCCUGGACUCAGGACACUUUGGUCGGAGACCCUGCAACCAGGGCGUUUGCAUCCGCUGGUUUGAAUGUUUGGGCUUCCCUCUCGCAUGCCGUCAUACCUCUGGCUAUAUUCCAGACUGUUGACCAACCGGCAGUGGUGGCCGGAAACUAUGGAUCUGCAGGGUUCGCUAUUCUUCACUCUUUGACAUCGCUAGGACUGGCUUACUUGCAGCAUACCCGCUCGGCGAAAGUGGUCACCGAGGAUGAUGAGUCUGAAGAAACCGAAGAAGCAUCGGAGGGAAGUGCGAAUAAAACAGUCGCCGUGACUCAAAGAGAAGUAUAA